AUGUUGGGAUCGCUGAUCGCGGCGCGUGCGGAGGUGCGCGCGGAGUUGCGCGUGGAGGUCGUGGGGAGCAGCAAUACCGCCCUGAAGUGCGGCGAGAUGGGGUCGGGCAAGACCACACAAGUGCCCCAGGUGUGUGCGGUGGGAGGGAAAGAGCAGGUGUGUGCGGUGGGAGGGAAAGAGCAGGUGUGUGCGGUGGGAGGGAAAGAGCAGGUGUGUGCGGUGGGAGGGAAAGAGCAGGUGUGUGCGGUGGGAGGGAAAGAGCAGGUGUGUGCGGUGGGAGGGAAAGAAGAGCAGGUGUGUGCGGUGGGAGGGAAAGAGCAGGUGUGUGCGGUGGGAGGGAAAGAGCAGGUGUGUGCGGUAGGGGGAGAGGUACAUGGGGGUAGCCCUGCCAGCCUUGUGUGUGGCGAGACGGGGUUGGGCAAGACCACACGAGUGCCCCAGGCUCGUGCGAUGAGGCGGGUGGGGGAGGCAGGGUGUGGGGGAACCUCCCUUUCCUUGGGCCCCAAACCCCUCCCUCUCCCUAGUUUCUCUAUGACGCUAGUUUCCAGUCUCUACGAGGCUCAGCCGAGAAGAGUGGCAGUGCUGGCGACGGCCAAGCGUGA